AGAAAUCAGGCAGCGGCGAUGAGCUACCUGGAUGAAGUUCCCUUCCGCAUGGCCAGGAGCCUCGACGGGGACCCAGGGGGAGAAAACACUUCAAUCACCGCCCCGGCCAUCGACCUCCCCGACUGCGCCGACAUCCUCAUGAGCACCAUGCACGACUUCUCGCUGGAAAGAAAAGUGCUUUACUGGGUGGAGGUGGCCUCUCAGCAGCAAACCUCCCGGCAUCGGGUCACCUCCGAAGUCGUCCCCACGGCUCCGCCGUGCUGGUUGUUGCUGGUGGACUCCGCCGACAGCUACGGGGGGAGAGCGCGGGACGGGGCGAUGCGGCGCAGUGUCAGCCUCAGCGCUGCCGACGGCAGCUACGGGCACGCCAAGGGCAGAGGCGCCUUGUCCGACACCGAGAGCGAGACCUGGCACUCGGAGGAGGACGAGUACUCAGAGGAUGACGAGUACUCCUCGACCUCCUGGGAAGAGAACGACAAGGAUGAAAAGGUUUCCAGGAGGAGAAACGCUGGGAGAGGUGUGCCUCCACGUCCCAGCUUUUACCAGACCCGACCAAAGACAUCACCCGGCUUGCUGGAGCCUUCGCCGGAGAAAAGCGGCCACGACCCAGCCAGCCCGGACACAAGGAAGCAGAGGAGAUCCAUGGUGAUAUUUAACAACAUGAAGAACGAGCUGGAGGCGGCCAGGAGGAAGCUGGCUGCUUUCAUGAAUCCUUUGAACAGAGCCGCCACGGAGAACGGAGGGGUCCCGCUGCCACGGCCGCUCUCCCAGCGACCCCGCGCCAGUCGCAGCGUCAAGUAUGGGCCAGGCCCGGACGUGUCCCAGCUGGGGACCUUGGUGCCGGCUCCUCCGGCCGCGGCCACGCCGAUCCCCCCGAUCAAACGGCAUAAGCCCACGGUGCCGUCCCUCAGCCCCUACGCCUGCCUCCCCCCUGCCUCCACGCCUGCGCGACCGCUUGGUUCCCACAGAUCCCAGCCGGAUUCGGCGGCUGACCUGCUCUCGGCGCUAAGCCAAGAGGAGCGAGACCUCAUCGAGCCCGUUAUAGCCUUGGGCUACCCCACCCGCAAAGCCAUCCUCACCCUCCAGAAGACUGGAAGGCAAAGCUUAAGUCAGUUCCUGAGCUACCUCAGUGCCUGUGACCGGCUGCUGAAGCAGGGCUACGAGGAAGGGCAGGUGGAGGAGGCCAUGGAAAUGUUCCAGUACUCGGAGAAAAAGGCAGCUGAAUUCUUGCAUUUGUUAGCUCAGUUUAACGAUAUGGGGUUCCAGCAAAAUGAAAUCAAAGAAGUUCUUUUGCUUUGUGGGAAUCAGAGGGAGAAGGCGCUGGAAGAGCUCGUGAUGAAAACCCAGUGA